AGUAAACCUACUGGCCUGGACUUCCUGCUGGCAUUCAAUGUCGGCAUUGAAAUACAGGGCCGAUUGAUGAGGUUCUCCAAUGAGGCCCGCAACAUCCCCAAGAGGUUUCACCCUCCCAGUGUGGUAGGGACCAUGGGAAGUGCAGCUGCCUGUGCUCACCUCUUGUCCCUGGACCCCUCCCGUUGCAGUCAUGCCUUGGCCAUAGCAGCUUCUUUAUCUGGAGCUCCAAUGGCUAAUGCUGCUACUCAGUCUAAACCACUCCACAUUGGUAAUGCUGCACGUCUGGGGCUGGAGGCUGCUCUGCUGGCCUCCCGAGGCCUAGAGGCAAGUCCUCUGGUCUUGGAUGCUGUUGAAGGGGUGGCUGGUUUCAGUGCUUUUUAUGAAGACUAUGUGCCUCAGCCUUUAGAAUCACCCAGUGAUGGUGACCAUAUGUUCCUGCUAGAGAAGCAGGAUAUGGGCUUCAAGCGUUUCCCAGCCCAUCUGGGUAUGCACUGGGUGGCAGAUGCUGCAGCUUCAGUUCAUAAGCUUCUCGUGGGAGCUGGGCCUGGCACU